UCUAGAUCUUUCUUUUGCGGAGUUUGUGUUUAUUCAAGGAUUUCCUAGUACAACAGCGUCAGUUUUAAAGAGGGAGCGAGUGAGUGAAAUCACUCGUUUCUGUUUGAGAGCCUGACUGUAAACGAUGCCUGUUCUGACCACACCAGAAAUCGCCACGAAAUUUAAGGAGAACUGGAUGAUGCUCCAUCCGGAGGACCAGGAGAAUGUGAACGGGGCCGUGAACCUGGAUGAUAGUUUGACGAGUCUCCAGUGGCUGCAGGAUUUCUCUAUCCUGAGUGCAAACCUGGAGAAGCCCCCCAGUGCUCAGCAUCACUGUAAGCAGCAUGUGCCAGGCUCGGAUGCCCCUGCCUCCCCUCCAGCCGGGGACACGGCGGCCACCGGGAUGCCACUCAGCCUGGGCAAGCCCAUCUCGGCAGUGACCGGCACCAAGACCUUGAUCCAGGCUCAUCCUCCUUCCCAGAGCCCAGUCGAGGAUGUAGACUACAAGACGAACCCCCAUGUCAAACCGCCCUACUCCUACGCCACUCUCAUCUGCAUGGCCAUGCAAGCUAGCAAGAAGACUAAAAUCACCUUGUCCGCUAUCUACAACUGGAUCACCGACAAUUUCUGCUAUUACAGGAACGCAGACCCCAGCUGGCAGAAUUCUAUUCGUCAUAACCUCUCUUUAAAUAAAUGCUUCAUGAAAGUGCCAAGACAGAAGGAUGAACCUGGUAAAGGGGGUUUCUGGCAGAUCGAUCCACAGUAUGCUGAUAUGUUUGUUAAUGGUGUGUUCAAAAGGAGGCGGAUGCCUGCAACCCAUUUUAGCACUCUCAAACAAAAUAAACUACCGUCUGUAUCUACAUCUGAAGUCUCAUUAAAUCCAUCAACUCCAUCUUUUCUGUCUUACUCUGGGCCUGGACACACAUCUAUGCGGUACAUGGAAAAUACUCAUAGUAAUCAAAUUUUCAACUCCUCAGACAACCAACGAACUGCAAGCAAACGCAAGCAAGCCUUGCCAAAGCGAACAAUGAAGAUGGCCAGAACUUCCAAAUCUCCACUACUGGCUCAUGACGAUAGAGAAUCCGAAUCUCUCAAGGGAGACUUUGACUGGGCCUCAGUCUUUGAUGAUGUCUUCAAUGCAAACGGGAGCAAUUUUGAGGAUCUAGACAUCAAUGCGGCGUUGAACUCACUGGGUACAGAGCUGGAUCUUACUGUCCAAGGAAGGCACAUUAGCCCACAGUCUAAAUGGUGCUCUAUGGGAAUGGACCAAGUUCUUGCAGAAACCACCAGCCAGACUUCCCAGUUUGAAGAUUUUACUUUCUUCUCAGAUGCUCAAAGGCAUCCAUGGGAGGAGAUGAAGGAAGAGUUCCAAGUGACCCCUUUGGAUAUAGAUCAAGGCUUCAACUUCUAUGAAGGAUUCUUCAAUGAACUGCAUCAGUGGGAAAGAGGAGACACCUUUCUGUGA